CGUUCCCGAGGGAUCGUAGGCUAAUACCACGAUCACAAUGCUUUAUCGGUGAUUUAGCUGUGAUUAUCCCUAUCUUAUAAGCGGAUACAAACAUAGCUUACAGAUUCACAAAAGGCCUAGGAUUUGCAGCCCAGAAGCGAUAUUUUACGGUUAUUAUUGUGCCGUUAUUGCGGGUUUUGCAACACGGAAGUUGGGAGUUAUUAUGCAGUGCGCGUGAUUUGAUUGCAACAUUGUAUCCACUAUCGGGUCAUUAUCAGAUAUAGGCUAGGCUACUAUCUCACGCAGUCAAGAUGCCGAAAGGCAGGCAACAUGCGCCUUCUACGGCAGAUAUAGGAAACUGGUAUGAACAUAGAGGCCUACCGCAUGUAUACUAUAACACACCAGCAAGAGUUCCUGGAACAACGACAGGCACCAUGUUAGCUUCUCCAUAUGUCCCACAGUCUUACCCAUUUCCACCGCCACGACCAUAUAUGGAAAAAGACUCGUUUCAGAACUAUUUGAAUCGGCAUGAUCCAAUCAUGUAUCCCAGUCCACCACCGUCCUCUCCUUCUGAUUCUUUGAAAAGCUUCAAGAGUCAAAACAGUUUCUCUGUCCACAACAACAGAAAUAUUAUCCAAGACUGCGGUGAAUAUUUUGGUGAUGGCAAAGAUUCCCGUUUCCUCGGUAAGAUGAACAAAGAUCCAUAUCACAGGCAGCACUUCACUGGAUCAGCGUAUCUCAGUCAUGAGGGUGAGGAAGGGAACCCUUACAACUUUAAGACCAUGUACCGGGCAAGUUACUUCGGGGACCAGGAAACAGAACGACCAACCUUGCGAAGAUUUCCUAAAGUAUACUCAGCGGGGACUGAGGGGACCAAAAAAUUAGACACAUCAACAACGGACUGGUAUAAUGAGCCGGACGUUCCACACAAAACGUCGCUCCAAGUUUUGGCCUCAACGCAGGAGCCUCAUUUAAAACGGAAUAGGUGGAAGUACUCAAAUCAUGGACUGCCCCGUAUCUGCCCUUCCUACAGUGUUUCAUAUAAGGAACCUGCGGUGAAAAUAUUCUGAGGAAGCAUAGACUAGAUACAUUCCGUCUUUGGAUAAUAUUGUGAUUAGUUUGUUACAAAGUGUAUCAAAACGAAUCUAAAUUUAAGUAAAGACACCAUUUGACUAUUAAACUAGGCCUGAAAAGUCCUUCAUCUGUGACCAUUACUUGAUUUGUCAUCUUGAGUAAAUUUUUAAAGGGUAUCAUUUUCAUUGAUGCACCCUGUAGUGAACUGUGAUGAUGGCAAUCGUCAGUUUAUUGCUGAUGGUCAAGCACUAUCCGAGUGAUUUUGGAAAUGCUGUGUAAACUUCAUUACACUUUGGGUGAAACCAUUUCCUUUGACUUGGUAGUUAACAGUUACGGUUGAUCUGUAGACCCGAGCAUAUGCAGUGUUAUUCAAAUUGUGCUCAUUUUUAUUGAAGCUCAACAGGGUGAAGUGUUGUUGAAUUGAACACAGAAAGGUGCUUCAAGAUUAAGCCCAAUGUCGAUGUAGAAUUAUGGUCUUUAGAUGAACAGAUUAUUUUUUUAUGCACUUAGUUUUUAUCACUCACUGAUUUGUUUUGAGAUCUGUUCGCUUAAAGCUAUUUUGUCUUCUAUUUUGACGACCCCGUAUAUCUGUGAUAAGAUUUAUCUAUUUUAUGAUACCAGUAUUGACCAUGGUGGCUUUUGUAGUAAGAUAACAUUCUUUGGCCAUUUAGUUCAGACACUAGUUGUUGUAAGUGAUGUGUUAAGAUAAUCAAUGCCAAUGGAUAGAUAAUAAGAUAUUGGUCAGUGUGCUGCAACUGCAUAUAGAUCGCCUUGUUUUGUGUGAUAGACCUCCUUUCCUACUGGCGAAAUGAAAAUGUCUCCUUUUGGAGGAUAUUCCACCAAAAAUAAACCAACCUAUCAGGACUGAAGACGGAGGACAUCCCCCUCACCAUAAGACGUCUCAUCAGAUGCAGUCACAGUUUUAGAAGUUGCUCAUUAUUCGACUGCUGAAAAGUGUAAUUUGCAGACUUGUGCUUUUGCCUACUCAAAUGUGACGGUACAUCUCCUGAAGACAUCUGGCAGUGACUGCCUUGUGUAAGUUAUUGUAUAAGAUUAUAUUGAUAAAUCCUUUUGUCAGAAGCUGCCAUGUCCAAUACUCUUGUAUUUUUGCCUGUAUACCAGGCUCAGUGGUGUAUUAGAAUACACACUAUGCGGUGAGAUUGCAUUAAAAUGAUUU